GAUCGAUCCCUGUACCCUAAAAAAGGGCCUAUUUCAUGCCAGGGCAUGCAUGUGUCGAGCAUGAUCAUACUAAACAUGUAUAUACAAGUUAAGUAUACAUAAUAGGCUACUCCAGCUGAUUCAAGAUGGGAAAGUCGCUCAAGCUGGCAGGUUUCGUGGUUGUGGCUUUCAGCCUCUACAUCGGAUACCAGUCGAUCGACAGGUUCGACCCAGAUCUGAUUCAAGGCAAGAGAGUUCUCGUGACAGGAGCUAGUAAGGGCAUUGGAGAACAAGUCGCCUAUCAUUAUGCCAGGAUGGGAGCGAAUGUGAUGGUGACGGCCAGGAGUGAAACAGCGCUGAAAAAGGUUGUGGCAGAAUGUGAAAGACUGAGUGGUCACAAGGGUCAUCACUACGUCACAGCGGACAUGUCAGAUUUUCAGAAUAUGCAUAAGGUUACAGAGGCUGCCAAAGACUUUCUGGGAGGCCUGGAUAUCUUAGUCAUCAACCAUGUCGCCCCCUAUCGGAAUGGUCUCUGGAUGGGAAAGGAGAAUCUUACCUACUUUGACUUCCAGGUCAAGCUCAACUUUAAUUCGUACGUGCACUUAGCUACGCAUGCCUUGCCAUUACUUGAAGACAGCCCGGGAAGCAGUAUAGUCAUAGUCAAUUCUAUUGCUGGUGUACUUGGUUUUCUCAUGAAUAGUGGUUAUUCAGGAUCGAAGUUUGCACUGAAUGGAUUCUUCAUGAGUUUAAGGGCCCAGUUUCAAAUGUUGGAGCAAGAUAUAUCGGUCACGCAAUGCUUUCUUGGGUCCACACGUACCAAAGCGGGCCAGACCGGGCUCACCAACCAGGUCCAACGCCACGAAAGAGCAGGGAAAUUAGUCCGGAUGGACAUACCUGACAGUGCUUACGUGGAAGUGAACGAAGCGGCAUUGGAGAUUGUCAAGGCGGGAGCCCUCAAAGAGGAAGAAAUGUACUUUCCUAAGUUCGCUAGAUAUCAAGCCACUUAUCCGGGAUUGAAAACUCUAUGUAUGAAACUGGAUAAGGCAAUAUAUCGAUCGGAGAACUUGCCCGCGUCUGAUUAACAAUCGGGUAAUUUGAGAAAAUGGCCGUUUAUAUGUUGUGAUAAGGUCUUGACACGUGUUAAAUAUAGAAAUUGCUAUCAACUACAUUGCAUGAACAUAACAUGGAAAUAAUAAACCGUAACCUGGGUUGGUUUCACUCAAUUUUUGAUUGCAUAUUGUAUCAACUUUAAAAAUAAAUAUUUAUAAAUCAUAUACGUGUAUGUAUAUGCAUGCUUACACUUCAGCAAAUGAAGAACAGACUGGUUCAAUCCCAACGCGAAAAGAUUACAAUCGAAUAUUUCG